UGCUGCCUUUGCAGCCAUCUUUGGUCCAUUUCCAUUUCAGAAGCUGCAGCUUUGCUGAGUUGUGUUGGGCGGAGAGGAGGCUGCGGACCCCGGGCACCUGCACCAUGGAUGAGGAAUACGAUGUCAUCGUCCUGGGCACCGGCCUGACAGAAUGCAUUUUGUCCGGGAUCAUGUCUGUUAAUGGAAAGAAAGUUCUACACAUGGACAGGAACCCGUAUUAUGGCGGAGAGAGUUCCUCUAUCACCCCACUGGAAGAGCUCUACAAAAGGUUUGAAAUCUCAGACGGUCCAUCUGAGAGCAUGGGGCGUGGACGUGACUGGAACGUGGAUCUGAUCCCCAAAUUUCUUAUGGCUAAUGGCCAGCUGGUGAAGAUGCUGCUGUACACCGAGGUCACUCGCUACCUGGACUUCAAAGUGGUGGAGGGAAGCUUUGUGUACAAAGGAGGGAAGAUAUACAAAGUCCCGUCAACCGAAACCGAGGCCCUGGCGUCCAAUCUCAUGGGGAUGUUUGAAAAACGCAGAUUUCGCAAGUUUUUGGUCUUUGUAGCCAACUUUGACGAGAACGACUCGAAGACAUUUGAAGGUGUGGACCCAAAAAGCACCAACAUGCGAGAUGUGUACAAGAAAUUCGACUUAGGGCAGGACGUCAUUGAUUUCACCGGCCACGCCCUGGCGCUGUACAGAACCGAUGAUUAUUUGGAUCAGCCAUGCCUGGAAACCAUCAAUCGUAUCAAGCUGUACAGCGAGUCCCUGGCAAGAUACGGAAAGAGCCCUUAUCUGUACCCUCUGUAUGGCCUGGGGGAGCUGCCUCAAGGAUUUGCCAGGCUCAGUGCUAUCUAUGGCGGGACGUACAUGUUAAACAAAAGCGUGGAUGAGAUUGUGAUGGAAAAAGGAAAAGUUGUUGGUGUAAAGUCAGAGGGAGAGGUUGCACGUUGCAAGCAGCUGAUCUGCGACCCCAGCUAUAUUGCCGACCGAGUGCGUAAGGCCGGUCAGGUGAUCCGUGUCAUCUGCAUCCUGAGCCACCCCAUCAAGAACACCAAUGAUGCCAACUCUUGCCAAAUUAUCAUUCCACAGAACCAGGUCAACAGGAAAUCAGAUAUUUACGUCUGCAUGAUCUCAUAUGCGCACAACGUGGCCGCACAAGGGAAGUACAUUGCUAUUGUCAGCACCACGGUGGAGACGACCGAGCCCGAGAAGGAGAUUGAGCCGGCGCUAGAGCUCUUGGAGCCUAUAGAUCAGAAGUUUGUCGCUAUCAGCGAUCUGUAUGAACCAACUGAUGAUGGCUCAGAAAGUCAGGUGUUCUGCUCACGUUCUUACGACGCCACCACGCACUUUGAGACCACGUGCAACGACAUCAAAGACAUCUACAAGAGAAUGACUGGAACAGACUUUGAUUUCGAGAACAUGAAGCGCAAGCAGAAUGACGUUUACGGGGAAGAAGACCAGUGAAGGGGGGAGAUGUCGGAUCGGGGGUGGGUGGGUUAUAGCAGUAAGGUACAACCGAUAAACAAUUAGGGUUUUAUGGGCAGUCAGAAGGUUUAGACAAGCAUGUUGGGGGAAUCAUGUCUUGGGAUAAAGCUGGAAAAAAAAUGGUAAGGUAAGGCCGGGAUGUGGGAACAAAUAGCUGAAGCUUCCAUUUUCCCUUUUUGUCCUCAUGAUUCCAGGUUAACUUUUUAAGUCUUGGGCUAACACUGUGGUGGAGCUUCAACCUACAGAGUGCUGUCAGGUCCAGUAUCUCAGCUAGACAUCCGGCCACAUAGUCCUUGUCGAAACGUUUACAUUGCUAGCACAUUACCGCCUGAACAUUCCCUCUCUUGCAACCCGAGCAAAAAUUGUGUAAUGUGUGAGCGUUUCCCGGUCCCAUAUUUCAAUAAUUCUGACGACUUUGGCUGCAAAACCGGCCACUGGCAUCAUAAAUGGUGGACGCGGGCUUACAGUCUGCCAGCUUUUCCUGUAGAAUUCAUAUAUAGGAUCAGGGCAUUCGGCCUUAUUUCACAGAGGUUAGGCUGAUUGUAGGGUUAAUGUAGAGCGAGAGAUUUCAUACGGCACUUCUGUUGGAAAUACAAAAGCUCCUUAAAUGAGCCCAGCAGCAGUGAGUAGGAGCUGGAUUACGUCAGCUGGUGGCGCAGAACGAUCAUGAGACUCGGUUCUUAAUAGAAAAUAUGUAGAAGAAGAGUGAAGACAGUCGCACUCACCGCUCUGAUCAAUUCCUUUUUUAGGGUACGUUCACACUGAAGGUUUGGAGAGGAAUUUCCUCGAGUAAUUCUGCUCACUUAUUCCUCUCCAAUUCAUUCAGCAGUGAAAAACCCCAUAGUAUGUAAUGAAAUUUCUGCUCCUCAGUUCACACUGAGGAAUUUCCGCUAGCGGAAAUCUGUCUCUGAAUAUCCGUUCCGCAUGAAGAAUUAACAUGUUCUUUCUUCAUGCGGAAUUUACAUCCUAACCCCAUAGAAGUCAAUGUCAAAAUUAGUUUCAGGCCCCCACACUUCCGCGGAAGUUCGGGUGGAAAUUGUGCGGAUUUUGCUUGGAAUUCCCGCAAAAGAAAAAAAUGAUUUCUGUGCGGAAUUCCGCGCGGAUUCUGAGCAGAUUCUGCGCGGAAAAAGUUCACACUGAGGAAUUUCCGCUAGCAGAAUUCUGUCUCUGAAUUCCGUUCCGCAUGAAGAAUGAACAUGUUCUUUCUUCAUGCGGAAUUCGAAUCCUAACCCCAUAGAAGUCAUUGUAAAAAUUUGUUUCAGGCCCCCACACUUCUGCGGAAGUUCGCGCGGAUUUUGGGCAGAAUUCCCGCCAAAAAAAAAGUAUUUUCUUUAACAAUGUCUCCUAUGCCGCGCUGAAUUCCGCACUGAUUUCUGUGAGGAAUUUCGUGCAGAUUCUGAGCAGAUUCCACGCGGAAAAAAACUGUAAUUUCUGAGCGGAUCUGUUCAGCGCAAAUUCCUCGCACAUAUUUGUCAGUGUGAACAUACCCUUAAGGUACGUUCAGACGAGCGGAUCCAUAGCGUAUUUUAUGCUGAAAUACUGCUGUGUGCUGCCUUUACAGGUGCCUGCUCGGAGCGGC